UGCUCACCUACCUAAAGCUUCAGUAACUCUUGACAAAAAGGAUGGAUUAAUUGAGACAUUAGUUAAGCAAUAUAAUGAGAAGGGACAUAUCACGAGGCAUUGUAUAUCAGAAAAGAAGUAUCAAGAACCUAAGGAAGAGGAAAGAUGUCUGACUUAUAACAUUAGAAAAGUGAACUACUGUGAGUAUGAAGAAAACGAAUUAUAUGUAGUAGAUAAAAGAAAGCAGCAAGUACAACCUGAUAUUCCCAAUAAAAGACCAAGAUUGUAG